AUGGCUGCAGGACAAACUCUCGGAUUCAUCGGAUGCGGUAACAUGGGAGGCGCCGUACUAAACGGCCUCCUAAACAGCGCAUUCUCAACAAAAAGCGCCUCACCAAAUCCAAUCACUUGCUUCAUCGCGUGCACAAAAACAGCCAGCUCGGCAUCCCGUCUACAAACAUCAAUCGCACCUCAACAUCAACAACUAAUCAAAAUCGUUUUUGACCAAACCCUACAAACAAUGCAACAGGCCGACAUAAUAAUCCUCGCCUGCAAACCCUUCAUGGCCGAGGCCGUGCUAAGCGAAGAAGGUGUCCGCGACGCCCUCGCUGGAAAGCUCGUCAUCAGCAUGCUUGCAGGCCAAUCAUGCGAGGCCCUAACCCGUCUCAUCAACCCAGAUCCCAGCCCAGAAGCCCCGCAUCUCAUGAAAGCUAUCCCGAACAUGGGUGCGCAGUUUAACGCAUCGAUGACGAUUAUCGAGACUCCCGCACCGACGAUCCCGAGCUCCAUGGUUGCCAUUACGGAGUGGAUUUUCCAGCAUGUCGGUGCGGUUAAGUACCUAGGUGCUGAGCAGAUCGGGUUGGCGACUGUGCUUGUUGGGGCGACGAUGGCGACGUUGACGCUGCCGAUUGAGGGGCUGCUGGAUGGGUGUGUUGCGGAGGGGUUUAAGCGUGGGGAUGCGAUGGAGUUGGUUUUGCAGGGUAUUAGGGGCUUGUCGGCUGUUUUGGAAUCUGGACAGCAUCCGGCUGCCGUUAGGGAGAGUAUCUCUUCGCCGAGGGGCUGUACGAUUCAAACGCUUUUGAGUCUUGAGAAGGCGGGGACGAGGUCGGAUUUCGCGGAGGCAAUUGUUAGAGGGAAUACGCAUUUGAAGGAGAAAAUGUAG